GCGAGGAGGAGGAGGAGGAGGACUUUGCAGGAGUCUCAUUGGUUCACGGGCGGCGCGGUCGGUCGGUCGGGAAACACCUCCAGUUUCCUCGUUUGACUCAACGGCCUUCAAACCCCGAAGGCGGGAAAGGCAGGCAGUUAAGAGCCUUGGUCUCUAGAGCCGGGUUCCCGGUUCCUCGCGCCGCUUCCAUCCAUGGCUGCCGCCGCCUCCACCUCCUCCUUCUCCUCCGAGGUCCUCCUCUUGGAGGAAAAGGUCCGGCGCCUGUCAGAGGAGCUGAGCCAAUGCCAGGCUGAUAAAGAAUUUGUGUGGUCUUUAUGGAAACGACUUCAAGUUGCAAAUCCAGAUCUUACUCAAGCAGUCAGCUUGGUUGUGGAAAGAGAAAAACAGAAAGCUGAACUCAAGGACAGGAAGGUUUUAGAGAUUUUGCAAGUUAAAGACAGUAAAAUACAGGCACUGGAACAGCAAACACAUGGACAGCAAGAAGAGAUAAACAACCUCGUGCAGAGAAAAAUGGCUGUUGAUGAGGAAAAUGGUGUCUUGAAGAACGAGCUAAACAUCUUACAACUAAAAUGUAAAGAUAAAAUCCAGGAAAUUAAGGACACUAAGGAAUGUGCACUGAGAAAGGAUAAGCAAAGCAGACUGGUUAUAAAAAAUCUGGAGGAGGAAAAUGAGGGAUUAAGUACACGCUAUGCUGACCUGCUAAAUGACCUGGAGAAACUGAGGAAGCGGGAGGCACAAUGGAGAAUAGAGAAAUCUGGCAUCGAUGCAAAAAUAAAGAAUUUGGAAGCUGAUUUGACUGAGGCAAGGGGACAAAUGGAAGUCUUACAUGGUAGAUGCAAUGAUCUGGCAUCUCAGUUGGGAGUUAAACAAAUUGAAUUAACAGAAAAAGAUUUGGAUGUGGCCAGAGCUAGGAAGGAGUUGCAGGAGCUGCAGAAUCUCUACAAACAAAACACUGAACAUGCAGCACAGCAGGCAGAGCUGAUCCAGCAGCUUCAAGCUCUCAAUAUGGAUACACAAAAAGUACUGAGAACUCAGGAAGAUGCUCACACAGCUGAAACAAUAUCAUAUCAAAAACUUUACAGUGAAUUGACUGUAUGUUUUGAGAAACUAAAAGCGAGUGAGACUCAGCUUCGGCAAAGUCAAAUUUCUCUCCAGAAUCAGCUAUUUGAAAAAGAACGAUGUAUAAGACAGCUGGAGGAGCAACUUCAGCAGGCGCAAGGUUCUGUGCCUACACUACCCCUUGAAAUUUAUCCAACUCAGAAAAAAGAGGAAUUCCAACAGUAUUCUUUAUGUGAACUAGAAUAUCUCAUAACAUCACAAAAGUCUGAAAUAAAGCUUUUGCAAGAAAAACUGAAAAGAGCAAAUCGUAAACUAGCAGAUCAUAGCAUUUGCAGCAGAGAUUUCUUGGACUGCUUCAGUGCUAGGGCUGGGAAGAAAUACAAGGAACCACCUGUGAAACGUUCAAGGUCUCUGUCCCCAAAGAGCUUUUUGAAAGAGUCGGAGGAACUAAGGAAGCUUAAAAUAGCUGAAAGAAAGAUUGAAAACUUAGAAAAGACUCUGCAGCUAAAGAUCCAAGAAAAUGAUGAGCUGAGACAUGCCCAUGAAAAGCGCAAAAAAAGGCUGCAGAUGUUACAGACCAACUACAGAGCAGUAAAAAAGCAAUUAAAGCAAUGGGAGGAAGGCUAUAGCAAGCCUGGAAGCAGUAAAAGUGGAAAGGAACGUUCAGAACCACAACGUCUAUGUCAAGAAGAUUCUGAUGCUGUAUGGAAUGAGCUGGCAUAUUUCAAAAGGGAACACAAAAAGCUAUUGAUUGAAAAAUUGAAUUUAGAAGAGGAAUUGGAUCAGUUGAAAGUACAUGUAUCUAGGGAUAAAGCUACAAUACAAGAACUGAAUAUGUGCCUGCAACAAGAAAGAGAAGAGCUCCUCUUUAGACUUGGUGAAGAGGAUGGGGUCAAGAACAGUACUCCAAAGAAGAAUGUGAAAGAAAUAUCAGUACAGACAUUAGAGAAGGUUUUGCACCUGGAAAGAAGGCUAAAGGGGUUUGAGAAAGAGUCAAGAAGGUUGAAAGAAGUCAAUGAAGGGUUAAGUAAGGAUAAAAGUGAUCUAAAAGCCUUGCUUAAACAAUACAGAGAUGAAGCUGAGUCCAGGGAGAAGGAGCUGGAAAUGCUACUGGAAAAGAUCACAGAAAUAAAGGAGGACAAAGCAAAGCUUCAACUAAUGAUAUAUGAGUUAGAGAGAGAGGUCACCUCUCUGAAGAGACAAGUAGCAGAAGCAAACUCAUUGAGAAAAGAAAAUGAGGAUCUGCUGAGUCAAGUGAAGCAAUUGCAGAGUUCACUGGACAGAGUAAAAAUAGGCUCUAUGGCCACAGUGGAAACAACCUGUGAGCAAUGUAGAUGUAAGAGUACAACUGCCAAAGUUAAGUUGAAAAUGGGAAAGAAAAAAAGCUUAGUGGAACAUCACCAGUCUCUUCUCAAUCAGUCCAUCAAGGUUAUGAGCGGUAUAUUUGAGAACUUCAGUAAGGACGGCUGGGAGGAUGUGAGUGAAAGCAGUGACUCUGAAAUACCAGCUUCUGAAAACCAGAGGACAAAAAUAGCACAGAAUGUUCCAGUGAUGGACAAAAGUGAUCAACAGGAACAAAAUAAGAUAGAAGAUAAGCAAAUGAUUCCGAAUAGUAUGUCUUUAGGAGGCCAGAACAAAUUAUGUCAUAUAAAGCAAAACAAAGGUGCAGAAGUUGAUCCUUCACAAAGGAAGAAGCCCCUAGAUUCAGAACCCAUCCCGAGUAAAGGCAACCGAGAGAAGAGAAGAGGUGUCACAAUCCAGAAGUCUGGUUGUUCCACUUCACUCUGGGGGCGGAUUACAUCUUUACAGCAACAAAUAACUAUUCUUCAGAAUUCAAAAAGGACGGCAGUAUCAUCUCUCAAAAAAUGCAGAGAAGUCAAUAAAAAAUUAACAUCUCAGCUGCAUGGAACCAAACAAAGGCUUGACACCAGCAAACAAACAGUUCAGACCCUGAUGUCCAACCUGACCGAGUUGCAGCGAGAAAAAUCAGAUUUGCAAGGAAAAUUGGACCACCUGACCCAAUCUACCAAACUGAGAGAGGCCCUGUCUCCAGUGACAUCUGGUCAUACUGGAACGACACCAGCAAUUCCACUGAAGAAUGCAGAUUUGGAAAUAAAGCAGCUGCAGUGUAAACUGAAGAAUGCAAAUAAUGAAAUCACUAAACAUUCAUCAACCAUUAAAUCUUUGAAAUAUGAUGUCCAAGGAAAAGAAGAACAGAUGCGAGAACUACAAGAAAAGGUUUCUCGAAUGGAGAGAGACAUAAGUAUGAAAAGACAUUUAAUAGAAGAUUGGAAACUGCGUAUGAAAGCAAAUCAGGAAAAGGAGAAAAGCUUUAACGAAACAUUGCAAACUCUUGAAGAAAAGGUAAAAACAUUGACUGAAGACUGUUCAAACAAAAAAGCAUCAAUUGAUUCACUAAAGCAACAGCUUAACGUAGCUACAAAAGGAAAAACACAGUAUGAACAGAUGUAUCGCAAGGCUAAAGAGGAGUUGGAGAAAAAGGAGCUUAAACUUGCCACUCUAGAAGGUAAAAUGGCUGAGGCUGAAUGUGCCAUGACUGAACUUGAAACUACUGCCUCUCAGCAACUCCAUGGCUUGGCACGGCAAAGUGAACAGGCCCUUGAAGUAGUGCAGAAAAAACUAAUGAUGGCAAAUGAUAAGGUGGAAGAAUUUGUUACCUUUGUGAAGACUUUGGCCACUGAAUUACAACAUAAUGUAAAAGAGAUGAGAACAAGAAUCAGAUGUGCCAAAAAGCUACAAGAAGAGAAAAAAUGUGGCCCCAGCAUUUCCAGAGAGUCUGUUCACCGAGCCCAGUACUUGGCAGCAUCUAUCCUUAAUAUUUCCAAGACAGAUUUAGAUGAUAUACUUGAAGUUGGAGAUGAUGAGGAAACAGAACAGAUGAAAAUGGAUUAUGCAAGUGACAAAGAAUGGAUGUCCUACUUACAGAAGCUUCUUGAAGGACAGUUUCCUUUUGCUUCAUAUUUAAUGGAUGCAGUGCUGGAAAAACUAAAUGAGCAGAGGAAGCUGACAGAAGAGUACAGUUCUUUGGCGAAACAAAUUAUCUAAGUGCUGGCGAACUGAAUUUUGAAAUACAGGCAGGACCUCCAUUUUUUGUCUUGUUUUGUUUGUAGCUUGCCUCCAUUCCUGUUGUUGUCUUGCAGUGAUGGUUGACUUCUAAUUUAUGGUAGCAGGUGCAUUUGCUGCAUUAGUAUUUAUCUUAGAGGAAAUGGAAAUGUGGACUUUCAGACAUGUAGUUAGAUGUAUAUCACCAUGCACACUUCCACGUUUACUUCUUACAAGGUAUGAAAUAGCCCUCAAAAAUUUAAAUACCAUUGGCCAAGGUACUUACAUCUAAACAAAUAAGUGCCUGUAGAACUCCUUUCUUUUUUCUUCAUUCAUACAUUAUAGAUACUAAAUAGCUGAACAUACAAGGGCAGGCAACAGUCCCCCUGCCAGUUUUGCAAUCCUGCCUAGAGCCCACCCCAACCACUUCAGGUUCUGACAUCUGUGUCAAAAUCCCAGUAGAAGUGUUGAGAUUUUGGCAGUGAUCAUGGGCCUUUUAAGGGUAACAAAAGUAUAUGGCCCUACACCAUCUCUAAUUGGAAAUGCAACACCCAGCCCCAGCAUUUCCCUCACCAUUUUCCUACAAAUCCAAGGCUUUUAAGCAGCAGUUCAACCAUUUAAUAUUAGUAGUUUCUUAUUCUAACUUAAAAUAGUUAAUCGUUUGGUAUCAAGAUGGCCUUUGCAUUUUCCUAGAAGAAAGUCAUAAAAAGAUGCAGUUUUAUUAGCUUUACAGAGCCUGCAUUAAGCAAGUUACACUGCUAAAUACAACUCCCUGAAACUGUAUCAACUUCUUUUGUAUUACACUCACAAAUACAUGUAUGAAAAUUUCACUUUCAUUCCUUCAAAGUUAUGAAAAAUCAAUAUGUUUUUUUUUCUUUUAAGACUCACUAAGAUUAUAGGCAAAUUCCUCUUUUAUGCACAAGAUCAUUUUUGAAAGUGUGAAAUGAAAACAGUGAUUAGUGAAUCCAUUUCAGGACCCAUUCAACAACUUGUUCUUUCUCUUUCCCCUCCCUUUUUUUUACUGUGAGAAAUGUAUUAAGUACACAACAUAUUUAAUUGUAUGUAAGAACUAUUUUGUCUAAAUAAAUA